UUUUUCCAGAUGAAUUCCAUUCCAAUUUACAUUUCGUCUUCGAUCAAUUACUCCCAUCAAUCUUAAUAAAUAAGAAAAACCUACUUUCAUCAGUUUUACCAUUCACGUAGUAAGAUUAUCCUGUGAUGUCCACUUUGUUUUUGCAAAAUUCCGAGAUAAUGUAUGCCAUGUAGCACAAAAUUAAUCACGGAGAAAUAGCUGUCGUCCUCCGUUCUCCUACGAGGCAAAAGUUCGCCUAAGAAAGAAGCAAACAGACCAACCAGUCAUCGGCUCCGUGUGACCGUUCAUCGUAGUAGGAAAAAAAAAACCGAUGAAAAUCUUCUGAUCGUCAUAUUAGUACAUGAUAAUUUGAAUUCGAAACGAAGAGAGAUCAGCUCCCUCGUCGAUCCACCAUGUUUUCCAAAUUCUUUCAAAGAAACACCGCACAACAACAAUCACCUCCGCCUCAGCAACAACAACCACCGCAACCACAACCACAACCACCACCACCACCCGCGGAGGUGCAGGAUAAUGUGUCAAAGGGAGUAUUGACACCUAAAGAUAUAAAUCCACGGAUUGCUCUUCACUAUGGGAUCCCUUCUACUGCUUCUAUUUUAGCUUUUGAUCACAUUCAAAGCCUUUUAGCAAUUGGAACACUGGAUGGCAGAAUAAAAGUGAUUGGUGGUAAUAACAUUGAAGGGCUUCUUGUCUCUCCAAAGCAAUUACCCUUUAAAUACUUGGAGUUUCUACAAAAUCAAGGUUUCCUAGUAAGCGUGUCAAAUGAAAAUGAGAUCCAGGUUUGGGAUUUAGAGCAAAGACAGAUUGCUUCCUCUUUACAAUUGGAGUCCAACAUAACUGCAUUCUCUGUUAUUUCUUGCUCAAGUUACAUGUAUGUUGGAGAUGAGUACGGGAUGGUGUAUGUGUUAAAGUAUGAUGCUGAAGAAGUUAAACUUGUACCAAUGCCAUACCAUGUUCCUGCAGAUGUAGCUGCUGAUGCAUCUGGGAUGUCAUCGCCUAAAAAUCGCUCUGUUGUAGGAGUUCUACCCCAACCUUCUUCUCAAGGAAACAAAGUGUUGAUUGCAUAUGAGGAUGGAUUGAUUAUUAUCUGGUCUGUCUCUGAAGAUAAAGUUGUUCUAGUUAAAGGGAAUAAAGAUCUUGAAUUGAAAUGUAAAAUAACAACUGAUUCUCACAAAGACACCAGACCUGAGCUUUCUGAUGAUAUAUCAGACUAUCAGCCAUUGGAGAAAGAGAUAGCUGCCCUCUGUUGGGCAUCUACUGAUGGGUCAGUUCUUGCUGUUGGUUAUGUUGAUGGAGAUAUAUUGUUGUGGAACCUAUCAAGUACUACUUCUGCUAAAGAUAUGCAUGCUGAAAAAUCAUCAAAUGAUGUUGUUAAGCUGCUGUUAUCCACAGGCGACAGGAGACUCCCUGUCAUUGUCUUGCAUUGGUCUGCACACAGAUCGCAUAAUGACUGUCAUGGCUGUCUAUUUGUUUAUGGUGGUGAUGCAAUUGGAUCUGAAGAAGCUCUAACGAUUUUGAGCCUUGAUUGGUCUUCUGGGAUAGAAAGUUUAAAAUGCACCAGGCGUGUUGAUCUUACUCUUAAUGGUUCUUUUGCUGAUAUGGUUCUUUUACCAAGUAGUGGUGUUAUGGGAACUUCUAGCACUAUGAUAUUAACGAAUCCUGGACAGCUGAAUCUUUAUAAUGAUGCUGGCUUGUCUUCCUCAAUAUCCCUGGUGGAGAAAAGGAAUUAUGUUUCUUCUAUGCAGUACCCUAUGGUCAUACCUACUAUUGAACCACAAUUAACUCUGGCAAAACUUGGUCUGGUCUUUAGAGAUGGGAAGUUCUCCAAGGCUCUUUCUGAGGAGAUUUCUUCUAGAAAACUUCAAGCAACACAUUGUCCCAGAAGUACAAAUUGGCCUUUGACUGGAGGAGUUCCCAGCCAACUUCAUGAUGCAGAAAAGUAUCAGGUUGAGAGAUUAUAUAUAGCAGGUUACAAAGAUGGAACUGUAAAAAUAUGGGAUGCCACAUAUCCAACAUUUGCGCUCAUUUAUGUUUUAGGACCUGAGGUCAAAGGUAUCAAUGUCGCUGAUGCUGAUGCUAAUGCAUCAGUAUCUGCUUUGGAGUUUUGCUCAGAUACCUUAAGUUUAGCUAUUGGCAAUGAGCGUGGUAUGGUUCGUCUAUAUAAGCUUGUACGGAGUGCUGAUGAGAUGACUUUGAAGUUCGUGACGGGAACUGAAAAAGAAGGUAUCGCCCUAUUCUACACUCUGGACCAAGGGGAUGGACCUCAAUGUACAGCUGUAUUUUCCUUCCUAAGUUCUCCUAUAUAUGCUCUGCAAUUUGCAAAUUUUGGAACCAGACUUGCUGUGGGAUUUCAUUGUGCUCAGGUAGCCCUGCUCGACACUAGUACAUCAUCAGUGUUGUUUCUUACUGACAGUCUAUCUGGCUCCAAUUCACCUGUCACUUCCCUGACUGUGAAAUUGUUUUCAGAGUCUAGUGACUUAAUAAAUAAUCGAGAGGACACUGAAUCCAAAACUAUGGAAGAUCAUGUACGGUUGGAAGUGUUUGUUAUGACCAAAGAUGCCCAUACUGUUGUCAUAGAUGGCAACACUGGUGGUAUUCUCUGCUCCCAAUCAAUAAAAUCUGAAAAGGAACUGACUUCACCAUCACUGUAUAUCAUAGAAGGUGAUGACAUGAUCUCUGAAAUGUCUAGUGGAAAACAUGUAUCUAAUUCAUCUCAGAAAAGCGAGCCCAAAAGCAAACCUGUCCCAGAUGUUGCUUGCAGUGAAAGUGCUCCACUUAAAGUUGACCACGAGGCCUCUGCCAAAGCUUCCCAUUUUAAGCAGAGAGUCAAAAAUUUUCUUCUUUUGUUUUGUUGUGAGGAUGCAUUGGAUUUGUACUCUUUGAAUGAGGUGGACAUUAAUCCUAUCCGAAAGGUAAAUCUCAUGAAACCAUGCUGUUGGAGUACACAGUUCAAGAAGGAUGAUAAAGACUGUGGGGUCAUUUUACUCUAUCAGACUGGAGACAUUGAAAUAAGAUCAUUACCAGAUCUUGAAGUGGUUGGAGAAAGCUCUUUAAUGUCAAUCCUAAGGUGGAACUUCAAGACUAAUAUGGAGAAGACAAUAUGUUCAUCUGAAAAUGCGCACAUUAUUCUGGUAAAUGGGUGUGAAUUUGCUGCUAUAUCUCUUUUGGCCUGUGAAAAUGACUUCAGGAUUCCAGAGUCGUUGCCUAGCCUUCAUGAUAAACUACUUACAGCUACUGCUGAUGCCACUAUCAGUUUAUCUCCCAAUCAGAAGUUAACACAGGGUGCUUCCUCUGGAAUUUUAGGUGGUUUGAUUAAGGGGUUCCAAGGGAGCAUGGCAGAGCACGAUGUAGAUCUUUUUGAAGUAUGUAAGAAUAAUUUUGCACAUUUAGAGAGCAUAUUUUCCAGCCCUCCUUUCUUAAAGCCUUCCAUCGACCUCGUGGAUGACCAAAAAGUUGUGGAGCUUCGUAUAGAUGACAUUGAUAUUGAUGAACCUCUUUUUGUCUUAUCUUCAUCUGAAAUGAUGAGCAAGAAUGAUACUAAAGAUAGGGGAACAGAAAGGGAAAGAUUAUUUGAAGGUGCAAGUACUGAUUCACAGCCGAAGCUCAGAACAGCCGAUGAAAUUAAGGCUAAAUAUAGGAAGGAGGAUGUCUCUGCUGUAGCUGCACGUGCAAAGGAUAAGCUCAUACAACGCCAGGAGAAGCUUGAGAGGCUCAGUGAGCGUACAGCGGAGUUGCAGAGUGGCGCUGAAAACUUUGCAUCAAUGGCUAAUGAACUUGCCAAGCAAAUGGAGAAACGCAAAUGGUGGAACAUAUGAUCAUCUGUUGCCACCUAGUGGUGGUUUGAUACAUUAUUCGUCUGGCUUCCCAGAAAGCCCACCGUUGAUAAUGAGGUAGCCAUUGCUUCAUAUCCUUAACGAUCCAUUAAAGUUUUCGGCAUCAGUACCAGUUUUCUUCUUUGCAUAUCUUGAUGACUGGUACUUUGCCGUGUAUAUCCGUUCGUGUAUAUUCUGAAUAGUCAAAGCAACUCAUCUGCAUCUUCUUAUUUCUUUUUUCCUUUUUCACACCGAAUGUUAUUUUCAUCUGCAUGGAUUAGUUUAUAAAAACGUAUAUUAUUAUAUUAUUAA